AUGGCCAAUCGCCAUACGGCGACGGUCAUGAACCUCAUGAAGCUGGGUAUGUUCAUCUUAGCAAUCCUUUGCCUUGUCUUCAACGAGAAGUUCAACGUGGAUCAGGCUUCAUCUGGUAUCGGUACUUCAUGGUGCCGAAGAGGGAUUUACAUUGUGGCAGGGCAUGUUGUGCUCUUCGUGGGUGAGCAUAUCAAGAGCCACUACAAUGCGUUCCUGGUAUCUGCUGCUAGCUUACCUUGCGAAGCCCUGAAGGUCUAUGUCUGCCAUUUCUGGAUGAUGCAUUACAACCACCAUUGUCCUAAGCCCUCGGUGGUUUGGAGCAGCAAUGCACACGUGCUUUCGUUCAAUAAAGGGACAUUGACAGCAGCCUUCAAGAAGAAGCAGCAAGACAAGCAUGGGUACGUUGCCACUGUGAAGAAGACCAUCAACAAGUCUACCGGCAAACCACAGUACAGUGGAACUGCGGCUUUAAAAGGAACGACCUACACCCGGGAGUUUGGCGAGCAGAUGGCAAAACUCCUGCCGACCUUCAACUCCACCCCGUGCAUGUUGCACAAUGCAGCCUGGCAGGAUGAGGUCUGCUUGCGCAACUUGCCUGCGAAAAGUGGUUUCUUCAACGAGAUGACCCUCCGACGAGACGUUCACUCAGCAGCUACAUUGGUGGCUGGUCUUACAGCGCUCAUGGAUUGUAGCUUUUCUGAUGAUGAUCUGAAGAUUUUGGAGCAGGAGCUGCAAUCCGCCCUCAGCAAGGCUAAGACUUUGGAGUAUGAUGUCAAGACGGAACAGGCCUCCGACAGUGAGGCAGAGCGAUCUGCAAAGGACUUGGCGCAGAAACUGGCGCGGAUGGAAGAAUUGAUUAAAGAGCAGCAGAACACUAUCCAGCUGUUGCAGGGCCAGCGAUACGAGGCCUCCGCUCCCGCUUCACCUCUGAGCGCCCCCUCAGCGACCCCAGCCCGCGGAAGCAAGCGCAGCCGCUCUGCCUCACCUGCCUCUGCCCACUCCCCUGGAGAUGCACAUGAUGAAGACCGCUACCCGAAAAUCCUCGACCCGAGGAACCUGUCCAAGAACGAGAAGGCGAAGAUUGGGAGGAUUUGCAAGCCCAAGAAUGGCAGCGGGAAGUUGGAGGUCCCAGAGAACAUCUCUGAGAUGUGGGAUGACGCCGGAAAGGGCAGGCAGAAGAUUUUCAGCAUGUGGGCCAAGUCCGGUGGUGUCAAGGCUGUCUUCUUGGAGACAGUGACCAUCCACAGCCGGUCUACCCGAGCCAAGAAACUGGAAGUCAAAGGCGGCUUCUACUCCAAGGAGGAUAUGAAAAAGGAGCUGGGCUACAGUGAGCAGCGAAUCAACAAGAUUGUGAAGUGGGCCGAGUCGAAGGGCCUGGUUCGUACCUGCGAGUACGACGAUGAGACCCUGGAGUAUUGGGUCAAUACCCGCACGGAGGGGACGAUCACCCGAGAAGAACUUGAAAGCCUGUGCAGGACGAAGGAAUACUUCGGCGAAGGAGGAGACGAGCUGGAGCACAAUGCUUUGGUCGACCUCGGCAGCAUGGAGUUCGAUGCUAAUGAUGCUUUCAUUCACCGGAAUGAGAAGGCUGUUGAGGGAGACCACGUCAAGAGUGUCACCCGCGUGAAAGUAACCGACUACCUGCGUGCUAUCCUGAAGGGGAAGAAUAGCCUCAGUUCGUUUCUGGAUCGAAUGAACAUCCGCAAGAUGGAAGCUAUGCUCAAAGACUUUGAAACCGUGUACGAGGAGCUCUCAGAGGCCAAAGCCGAAGGAACCGGAUUCCAACUCAAGAUGAGCCCUCGGCAUCCCAACAUUCGGCACUGCGGUGGUACACAGCUCUGUGUUUUCAAGAUUGGGCUUACGUCUAAUCCGCUUCAACGCAUGGAAGGAUAUUUGCAGCAGAACUUCAAGGUUUUUGCUGUCAUUCACAAAGUGACCACGGCUGACCUGCUGGGUAUGCUCGAGAUGUUAGAAGCUGCGUUGAUAGCUGAGUUCCAUGACGGCCAGCGUUGUUGCCGCAACAAACAGCUAGGUGGAGAAUCCAUGCGUGAUAAUUCUUUCAAGCCACGAUUUCCACCACCUUAUUUUGCUUAUGUGGCGGCUGCAUGUGCUGCGCAGAAAGUCCCAGCAAAGGAGUUGGUUCGAGACGCGAAGGCCGCCUCUCGGAAAGAUCCUUGCAGAGUUUUGAGAUGCAUAGCUGAAAUCCCAAUGUCCAAUGCGGAUGCCCCGCUCUACAAAGUGCUACGUGAUGCUGGGCUUUUGUUUGGCAUGCAGAUUUCCACGGCGAGAGUCAGCAACAAUCUUUUCUAUCCUUACUUGGACCCCCGAGAAUUCCUCGAACGGUUAUCUACCAAAGGCUGUUUUCACAAAGUGGUUGGGUUACCGGUUGGCCUUAUUGAGGAGGGUUUGGGGCAGUAUUGGAAUAAUUUCCGGCGGCUAUUUCCGAACCACGUCAUCUGCCAGCAGUACAUACCGCUCACAAGACUGAUUCCGUACUACUUGCACGGUGAUGGCGGAAGAGGGUUCAAAAAAGACGCAAUCGAGAUAAUUUCCAUGUUUCCCUGUCUGGGUUCUGGGACAAAGCGAAAUCCUAUCGCGCUGGGUGAGCACAAGAGAACUGAAGAGGGGCAUGUGCGAAUGGGCCUUAACAUGCGUGGUAAUUCUGGGUCUACAAGAUUUCUGUUCAGUGUGCUGGGCAGCUCAAUUUCGAAAACGGACCCGGCCUCUUUUGAUGCUCUCAUGGACCUUUGGGGCCGAAAGCUGCAAUCGCUUUUCUUGGACGGUUUCUCUGUUGAUGGUACCACUUUUCAUGUCGCUGUCAUCGCCUUCACUGGUGAUUCCCCUUUCGUGAAGAAGGUUGGGAAGUUCACCCGAAGUUUCAACAACGUGCGCAAGACGCACUCAUCAAAUCGAAACCAGGUUGGGUGUUGUUGGCUAUGCCAAGCUGGGAAGGAAAAUCCGGCUGAAAGCAUUCCGUUCGAGCACCUUGGAUUCUCAGAACCUGCAUGGAUCGCAACGCAGGGUGUCCAGAACGUUCCGUUGCCAUGGUCAGGAAGCGGCGGGCCACUCCUUCAAUGGAUGAUGGCUGGGGAUGAUGCCCCGGCCUUUUUCAGACCAGAUCUAUUCCACAUAUUCCAUGCUGGCGUUGGCAAAGACUUUGUUGGCAGUGCGCUCGUGCAUGCUAUGAAGACUUUGUUUGGACUUGGGUCCAUCAAGAAAGAUCUUGCGGAACUCAAUUUGCAUCUGCAAGCCUUUCUUCAAAUUUCUGGGAACUACCUCCAUCUAGGCAGGAACCUCACUGAAGACCACUUGGGUUACACUGGCACGCGAGAUUAUCCAGAAGGACACUGGUCCAAGAACAUGGACACGGCAACUCUCAUGAAAUUUGUUGCGUGGCUGUUACAGCUUGAAACGCAUGAGCAAUUCGUGCGCAAUGACGACUUGCUGCCCCACAUCUUGCUUGCAGGUCUAGAACUCGGAUGCGCAAUGAAACGAUUGUUGGAGAGCGAGUAUUUCAUGGCAUCAUCCGAUUGCGUCUACAUAAUACGUGCAGGACAUGCUUUUCUGAUGGGCUACCAGAAUUUGGCAAACAAUUCCUAUAGGAAGAAGCUCUGCCUAUUCAAAUUCCGACCGAAGAUUCAUUAUCUGAAUCACAUCUUCCUCACCAUCAAGGAACAGUGGGAGGCUACUGGCACGGCCAUCAAUCCGUGCGCUGAGGCUACAUUCAUGUCAGAGGAUUUCGUUGGGUUCACUGCUCGUAUCUCACGACGUGUCAGUGCCAAAGCAGUGGCCCUCAAAACACUUCAGCGCUAUGAUGCUUGGGUACAAUCAUUGCUGAACAGGGAAGAGCUUUCGCUACUGGACCUGUCAUGCCUGGAUUGA